GCUGUCCCGGAUGUAAACAAUAUAUUGACCACAACAAUCUUGACGUUGUAGUUUAACCUGCCCUUGAACUUUGUGACAGAUAGCUAUAUUUGCGACAUUAUACGACAUUAACGACAUUAAUAGAGACACUUGCAACCAACAACGUUCCCCGAUUGGUUGGUAGCAAAUGUUAUACGAAGUAACGUUAACGUUUGCUAGCUAUAGCCACAUCGUGUAUUUUUCGGUGGUUGACGUGUAAAGUUGCAGUGCUAUUGCUUUCAAGGAAAACGUCGUCCAUCUAAUGAGAAUGGUGCACAUUCUAAGAAUGUAAGAAAAGCACAAACAACACUGACAGCCAUGGCUGGUCUCUUCCACAGAAGGUUGCGUCUAAGAACUUCUCUCAGGUGGAUGAGUCCCUUCAGCACUGCCUCACCUCCAGCCGUAGUCAGAACUUUACCCCCAGGCUUUAGCAGCGGCCUGCUCCAGACACCCAGGCCCGGGUCUUGUGUCGUCCGCUGUCGGGAGCUCCAUGCUGGGGAAGAGAGACCCACCCCGUCACCCACAGCUGCCCCAGAGAGGAGGCCUUUCUCCAGGGUAACUCCAGAGGACAUGGCCUUCUUCAGCAAGAUAAUACCAGGCAGGACCAUCACUGACCCAGAUAUACUGGAGGCCAGUAAUGUGGACUGGCUAAAGUCAGUGAGAGGUUUCAGUGAGGUUCUGCUGAGGCCCCAGACUACAGAGGAAGUUUCUCAGAUCCUUGGUUACUGUAACAGUCGUAACCUGGCAGUGAGUCCUCAGGGUGGUAACACAGGGCUGGUGGGAGGCAGUGUUCCUGUCUAUGAUGAGAUCAUCCUCUCUACCGCUCUCAUGAACAAUGUCCUCAACUUCGACUCUGUCUCCGGUAUUCUGUCGUGCCAAGCAGGUUGUGUGUUGGAGAACCUGUCUCUUUACCUAGAGGACAGGGACUACAUCAUGCCUCUGGACCUGGGGGCAAAGGGAAGCUGCCAUAUAGGAGGCAACGUGGCCACUAACGCUGGAGGACUGAGGCUGCUACGCUACGGAUCCCUACGAGGGACAGUAUUAGGACUAGAGGUGGUGCUAGCAGACGGGAGGGUCCUGGACUGCCUAGCCACCCUGAGGAAGGACAACACAGGAUAUGACCUCAAACAGCUGUUCAUCGGGUCAGAGGGCACGCUGGGGGUCAUCACCGCCGUAACUAUCCUGUGUCCACGGAAACCUAAAGCCGUCAACGUGGCCUUCCUGGGCUGUGAAAGUUUUGAGCAGCUGCUGCAGACCUUCCAGCUGUGUAGAGGCAUGCUGGGAGAGAUCCUCUCAGCCUUUGAGUUCCUGGACAAAGAGUGUAUGAGACUGCUGAACACACACCUAAAACUGGCUAACCCCAUCACAGACUGUCCGUUCUACAUCGUCAUAGAAACGUCCGGCUCUAACCCCACCCACGAUGAGGAGAAGUUGCACCAGUUUCUGGAGGAGGCCAUGACAUCAUCCCAGGUUAUCGACGGGACCGUAGCAACGGACGAGGCUAAAAUCAAGGCUCUCUGGUCACUGCGUGAGCGGGUAACAGAGGCUUUAACUCAUGAUGGUUUCACAUAUAAAUACGACAUCUCACUUCCUGUGGAACGGAUCUACCAGCUGGUCACAGAUAUGAGAGAACACCUGGGAGACAGGGCCAAGAGUGUGGUGGGAUACGGACACGUUGGUGAUGGUAACCUCCACCUGAACAUCACCUCUCCUACCAAAGAUCCCGACCUCCUGGCAUCCAUCGAACCCUUUGUCUAUGAGUGGACGGCCCGUUUCCAGGGCAGCAUCAGUGCAGAGCACGGCCUGGGCCUGAAGAAGAGGAACUAUAUUUACUACAGUAAAGCCAGCCUGGCUGUCGCUCUGAUGGGGAACAUUAAGAUCAUGUUAGAUCCCAAAGGCAUUCUCAACCCUUACAAGACCCUGCCGGACGACCUGCAAUGACCAUAUUGCUCCUUCCCUGAUUAACUUAACUUAAACACCUGACCUGACCUUCACUCAACUCUCAUAAGACACUACCAGUUGACCUUUCACCCUGCACGACCAUACCCGAUGAACUCAAUGAACCCUGACCCAAACCCCCCUCCAGACUACAGACCACCUCCACUGCUGAUUCCAGGGCCCAGUUUCACAAAACCUUCUUAACAAGAAAUGUCUUACUUUUUUGCAUAAGAAGUGUUUUGUGAAUCUGGGCCCAGGUCUCUGGUAGGGUGUUAUUGUUGUGUAAAGGUACUGUAAGGUUUGUCUAGGCUAGGAUUCAAUCUGAUCUCACUUUGUCGGCAGUGCACGUUUUAAAAGCAAUGUUUACGAGUUCACAGAGACAACAUUCACAGUAUACCCUGCAUAUUUUUAUUUAUUUUUUAUUUCACCUUUAUUUAACCAGGUAGGCUAGUUGAGAACAAGUUCUCAUUUACAACUGCGACCUGGCCAAGAUAAAGCAUAGCAGUGUGAACAGACAACACAGAGUUACACAUGGAGUAAACAAUUAACAAGUCAAUAACACAGUAGACAAAAGAAAAAAAAAGAAAAGGGGAGUCUAUAUACAUUGUGUGCAAAAGGCAUGAGGAAUUGCGAAUAAUUACAAUAUUGCAGAUUGACACUGGAGUGAUAAAUGAUCAGAUGAUCAUGUACAGGUAGAGAUAUUGGUGUGCAAAAGAGCAGAAAAGUAAAUAAAUAAAAACUGUGGGGAUGAGGUAGGUGAAAAUGGGUGGGCUAUAUACCAAUAGAUUAUGUACAGCUGCAGCAAUCGGUUAGCUGCUCAGAUAGCUGAUGUUUGAAGUUGGUGAGGGAGAUAAAGGUCUCCAACUUCAGCGAUUUUUGCAAUUCGUUCCAGUCACAGGCAGCAGAGUACUGGAACGAAAGGCGGCCGAAUGAGGUGUUAGCUUUAGGGAUGAUCAGUGAGAUACACCUGCUGGAGCGCGUGCUACGGAUGGGUGUUGCCAUCGUGACCAGUGAACUGAGAUAAGGCGGAGCUUUACCUAGCAUGGCCUUGUAGAUGACCUGGAGCCAGUGGGUCUUGCGACGAAUAUGUAGCGAGGGCCAGCCGACUAGAGCAUACAAGUCGCAGUGGUGGGUAGUAUAAGGUGCUUUAGUGACAAAACGGAUGGCACUGUGAUAAACUGCAUCCAGUUUGCUGAGUAGAGUGUUGGAAGCAAUUUUGUAGAUGACAUCGCCGAAGUCGAGGAUCGGUAGGAUAGUCAGUUUUACUAGGGUAAGCUUGGCAGCGUGAGUGAAGGAGGCUUUGUUACGGAAUAGAAAGCCGACUCUUGAUUUGAUUUUCGAUUGGAGAUGUUUUAUGUGGGUCUGGAAGGAGAGUUUGCAGUCUAGCCAGACACCUAGGUACUUAUAGGUGUCCACAUAUUCAAGGUCGGAACCAUCCAGUGUGGUGAUGCUAGUCGGGCAUGCGGGUGCAGGCAGCGAUCGGUUGAAAAGCAUGCAUUUGGUUUUACUAGCGUUUAAGAGCAGUUGGAGGCCACGGAAGGAGUGUUGUAUGGCAUUGAAGCUCGUUUGGAGGCUAGAUAGCACAGUGUCCAAUGACGGGCCGAAAGUAUAUAGAAUGGUGUCGUCUGCGUAGAGAUGGAUCAGGGAAUCGCCCGCAGCUAGAGCAACAUCAUUGAUAUAUACAGAGAAAAGAGUCGGCCCGAGAAUUGAACCCUGUGGCACCCCCAUAGAGACUGCCAGAGGACCGGACAGCAUGCCCUCCGAUUUGACACACUGAACUCUGUCUGCAAAGUAAUUGGUGAACCAGGCAAGGCAGUCAUCCGAAAAACCGAGGCUACUGAGUCUGCCGAUAAGAAUAUGGUGAUUGACAGAGUCGAAAGCCUUGGCAAGGUCGAUGAAGAUGGCUGCACAGUACUGUCUUUUAUCGAUGGCGGUUAUGAUGUUGUUUAGUACCUUGAGUGUAGCUGAGGUGCACCCGUGACCGGCUCGGAAACCAGAUUGCAUAGCGGAGAAGGUACGGUGGGAUUCGAGAUGGUCAGUGACCUGUUUGUUGACUUGGCUUUCGAAGACCUUAGAUAGGCAAGGCAGAAUGGAUAUAGGUCUGUAACAGUUUGUGUCCAGGGUGUCUCCCCCUUUGAAGAGGGGGAUGACUGCGGCAGCUUUCCAAUCCUUGGGGAUCUCAGACGAUAUGAAAGAGAGGUUGAACAGGCUGGUAAUAGGGGUUGCGACAAUGGUGGCGGAUAGUUUCAGAAAUAGAGGGUCCAGAUUGUCAAGCCCAGCUGAUUUAUACGGGUCCAGGUUUUGCAGCUCUUUCAGAACAUCUGCUAUCUGGAUUUGGGUAAAGGAGAACCUGGAGAGGCUUGGGCGAGGAGCUGCGGGGGGGCCGGAGCUGUUGGCCGAGGUUGGAGUAGCCAGGCGGAAGGCAUGGCCAGCCGUUGAGAAAUGCUUGUUGAAGUUUUCCAUAAUCAUGGAUUUGUCGGUGGUGACCGUGUUCCCUAGCCUCAGUGCAGUGGGCAGCUGGGAGGAGGUGCUCUUGUUCUCCAUGGACUUCACAAUGUCCCAGAACUUUUUGGAGUUGGAGCUACAGGAUGCAAACUUCUGCCUGAAGAAGCUGGCCUUAGCUUUCCUGACUGACUGCGUGUAUUGGUUCCUGACUUCCCUGAACAGUUGCAUAUCGCGGGGACUGUUCGAUGCUAUUGCAGUCCGCCACAGGAUGUUUUUGUGCUGGUCGAGGGCAGUCAGGUCUGGAGUGAACCAAGGGCUGUAUCUGUUCUUAGUUCUGCAUUUUUUGAACGGAGCAUGCUUAUCUAAAAUGGUGAGGAAGUUACUCUUAAAGAAUGACCAGGCAUCCUCAACUGACGGGAUGAGGUCAAUGUCCUUCCAGGGUACCCGGGCCAGGUCGAUUAGAAAGGCCUGCUCACAGAAGUGUUUUAGGGAGCGUUUGACAGUGAUGAGGGGUGGUCGUUUGACUGCGGCACCGUAGCGGAUACAGGCAAUGAGGCAGUGGUCGCUGAGAUCCUGAUUGAAGACAGCGGAGGUGUAUUUGGAGGGCCAGUUGGUCAGGAUGACGUCUAUGAGGGUGCCCUUGCUUACAGAGUUAGGGUUGUACCUGGUGGGUUCCUUGAUGAUUUGUGUGAGAUUGAGGGCAUCUAGCUUAGAUGUCUGCUCAAUCGGAAAUGACCUUAAGUGGCGCAUUGUCCAAGUCCGUGAUCGGAUUGAAUCCCGGCCCUAGUGAACUACCUCUGAUACGCAACUCUACCCUGCACUGAUGAGGCCCCAGUAGACCAGUCUGAUUAGGGGGCUAACCGUGGCCAUAGUUCUCUCAUUGUACAAGUGUCUGAUCAACCUCUAAUAUAAGCAUAAUCUGUGUACAUUCAUUGUAAAUAGAGCAGAUUAUAUUUUUUUACCUAAUCAGUUUAUUUUACCACCAGAAUUGAAGACAGCAGAUGGUGUUUGGUAACAGUGCAGAUAUUGUUUUAUUACAUGUAAUAUAUAUAUAUAUAUAUAUAUGUGUGUUUUUAAAAUGUACAGCAACAACAUAAGCUCAUUUUGUGAAUGAAUACAGAAUCUCUAAAAGCUC